AGGCUGAUACUUUCUCCAAUUUGAAAACAAUACACCAGUAAAUAGUUCCUGCAAUUCAAGAAUUCCACAUUUUUCCAUGUCAUUCAACGCUCUUAAAGAGACCCUCAGACCUUGCACAAACAAUUUAUCAUGCUCCUCCUCUUCAUCUUUUUCACAAAUUUCUGAUUCCACGAUAAUCCCUAGAAAACCGCCUAAAUCUUCACUGUCUCAGCAACUUCUGCGCCUCGAACACACCCCUUUGUUGCUCCCAAAACCAGAGGCACGUUUUGAUGGUCGAAUUGAAAAUUCAGAAGAAGAAAAGGAAAAUGAAAAUGACUUUGGACGAUCCAAGUUGGAGUCCUUUCGUCUGUUUGAAUACACGGGAAAUUAUGAGCCUCUAGUUCUGUCUCCGCAGGGUGAAAUUCCGGUGAUUCAGGUACCUGCAUCCGUAAAUUGUAGACUCCUGGAACAUCAAAGGGAAGGUGUGAAAUUUCUCUAUAAUUUGUACAGGAACAACCAUGGAGGUGUUCUCGGUGAUGACAUGGGACUGGGAAAGACCAUCCAAACAAUUGCUUUCUUAGAUGCGGUCUUUGGAAAGGACGGAGAGUCAGGUGACUUAGCCCCACUGAAGGGAAAUUGCAAAGAUAAGGGUCCCGUACUGGUAGUUUGCCCCAGUUCUGUUAUUCACAACUGGGAAAAUGAGUUUUCCAAAUGGUCUGCAUUUAUUGUUUCUGUUUACCAUGGACCAAAUCGUGACCUGAUAAUUGACAAACUAGAGGCACAUAAUGUUGAGAUACUUAUAACCAGCUUUGACACUUAUAGGAUCCAUGGAAGCAUUUUAUCAGAGAUACAGUGGGAGAUUGUGAUUAUUGAUGAGGCACACCGGCUUAAGAAUGAAAAGUCAAAACUCUAUAGAGCAUGUUUGAAAAUUAGAACCCCUAAACGUUAUGGUCUCACGGGAACUAUAAUGCAGAAUAAAAUAAUGGAAUUAUUCAAUCUAUUUGAUUGGGUAGCACCUGGUUGCUUGGGGACACGAGAACAUUUUCGAGAAUUUUAUGAUGAACCUCUCAAGCAUGGUCAAAGAUCAAGUGCUCCUGAAAGAUUUAUCCGAGUUGCUGAUAAACGAAAACAACACUUAGUAUCAGUUUUGCAAAGAUAUUUGUUGAGAAGGACAAAGGAGGAAACUAUAGGGCACCUUAUGAUGGGAAAGGAAGAUAAUGUUGUAUUCUGUGCCAUGAGUGAGUUGCAAAAACGGGUAUACCAAAGGACGUUACAACUCCCUGAUUUCCAAUGCCUUAUCAAUAAGGACAUGCCAUGUAGUUGUGGAAGUCCACUUAAUCAAGUUGAAUGUUGCAAGAGGACUGUUCCAAAUGGUUUCAUCUGGCCGUACCUCCACGAGGAUAAUCCAGAAGGUUGUGAUUCAUGCCCCUUUUGCCUUGUUCUCCCUUGCCUUGUCAAGCUUCAGCAGAUUAGCAAUCAUCUAGAGCUCAUCAAACCCAAUCCGAAGGACGAUCCAUACAAACAAAAAAAGGAUGCGGAAUUUGCUUCUGCUGUAUUUGGUAUAGACAUUGAUUUAGUGGGAGGAAAUGCCCUGAAUGAGAGUUUCAUGGGCCUGACUGAUGUUAAACAUUGCGGAAAAAUGAGAGCUCUGGAAAGGUUGAUGAGCUCUUGGAUUUCUCUGGGUGACAAGAUUCUUCUUUUCAGUUAUUCUGUGAGGAUGUUAAAUAUACUUGAAAAGUUUAUCAUACGCAAAGGCUAUUCCUUUUCAAGACUCGAUGGCUCAACUCCAACUAGCUUGCGCCAGUCUCUUGUUGACAAUUUUAACUCAAGUCCAAGCAAGCAGGUGUUCCUGAUAUCUACCCGUGCUGGUGGGCUAGGGCUCAAUCUUGUUAGUGCAAAUCGGGUUGUGAUAUUUGAUCCAAACUGGAAUCCUGCACAGGAUUUGCAGGCGCAGGACAGGUCAUUCCGUUUUGGUCAAAAGCGGCAUGUAACUGUUUUCCGUCUUCUUGGAGCUGGUUCUCUCGAGGAACUUAUCUACACACGCCAAGUGUAUAAACAGCAGCUAUCAAAUAUUGCUGUUUCUGGGAAAAUGGAAAAACGAUACUUUGAAGGAGUCCAGGAUUGCAAGGAGUUUAAAGGCGAGCUGUUUGGAAUAAGCAAUCUUUUCAGUGAUCUCUCUGACAAGCUUUUCACUAGUGAGAUCAUCGAGUUGCAUGAAAAGCAAGGAAAAGAAUAUGAACACAACCACGGGGAGAAGCUCGAUUUGCCUCGACUUGGGAUGGAUCUUGUUCCUAAGAAAGAAACAGCUAGAAAGUUUUUGGUGGACGAUGAGAGAGACAAAACAGGCGAACCUGCUCUUAAAGAUCUUGGUAUUGUAUAUGCUCAUCGCAACGAGGAUAUUGUUAACUUUGGAGCUGGGAACCAGGGCAUGGAUUUGAAGGACGCUGUGGCGACACGGCUAUUCCACCCUACUGUGGGGACGAAUAGAUCUGAUUUGGAAGGAGAAAAGGAGAAUGUGAAAAUAGUCGCUUCAGCCAAGAGACAGAAAAGAAGCCAGUAUAGCCUCCUUGCUCAGUCGAUGGGCAUGGAAGAGGUUGAGUUUAGCAAGUGGUUACUAUCAGCAACUCCUGCAGAGCGUGAAAAAGUGCUUCGAGACUAUAAGAAGAGAAAGGACAAGAUUCCUUAAUUGUUGACAGUUUGCGAUUCCUCUUGCAGGUGCAUAAACACACAAUUCUACAUGUAAAAUUUUGUAUAUACACACGUCUCUUUCUUUCAUCUAGAGAUCUUAGUUGAAUUUGUACAGGAAAAUGUAUCCCAGAGUUCUGACAAUAUGCGAAAGUUUGCUGUUGCAGGUUGCGGCCAUUGCAAAACUACAUGCAAAAAAUCUACUGUUCGAUGGUGGUAUAAAAAAGAUCUAAAUUGUGAUUUAGAUCUUGAAAGUGACUUAAAACCUCUCCAAUGAACAGGCCCAUAGAAAAUGCAAAUUGCAUUUUAAUGGCGAAAUGACCGUGUCAUUAACGUAUACACAGGACAAGAAUUAUUGUCACUGAUUGGUCUCUGCCAAGUAGAGCAGCACCCACCUGUCUUUACAGCUGAAACAUCAUCCUUUGACUCGAAAUUAAUGGUCUGUCCUUUAGGUAAGGCUGUGGGAUUAUCACUAGCCUCAAGAGCUUUCCUGCUAACGGCGUAAUGUAUCUGAGCAAGCACCUCGGUGAAGGCAUUUUCAACUUCCAUGACUCCAAAGCGGAAGUUUCCAUGAAAAAGGCAUUUUUCUCUUUCAGCAAGUUCUUUAGCAUCUUCGGUUACGCAAGUUUGUCUUAUUUCCUACAAGCCUGAUGACAAUGUUUGAAUCUGUAUGGUCUCUGAGUUCCUUCAACCAUCUUUCAACAUUCUUAAAUGUAACAUGACGAGUGACAUCAUAUACAGGCAAUGCACCAACUAGGUCAGGUAAAUUGCUACAGAAUUUCAAGAAUCA